UCGCUCUGAAGGCUUCAAUUCAGAAACCAGCACACACACACAGCAAUGGCGAUGUGCAGUGUCCUAAGCGAAUGGGGUUUCUAACUCAAACUUGCCGUCGAUUUUAAACAUAUUGAAUGCCUUAUUCUGAAGGUUUUCUCGAGUUUUUGACCGAGGAGGGCCAGACACCGAGCUUCACGCAGUCAUUCUGGCAAAUUGCUGCCGUUUCCGUUGGCAAACAUGUAAAAAUCCGACAUCGCUCGGGCCCAUCUGUUUGUGUGAUGUGAGGGCUGUUCGAGCGGUCAUCGUCCUGCCUGAAUUUCGAAGAAUUUCGAAGAAUUUCCUCAUUCCCAAAACUGCAUCGAAUUUAAGCAGAAAAAGAAAUUUGCUGACCAUUCAUGUCUACGAACGCAACGGGCCAAGUUUGGUGAACUGUUUGAAGAACUGUGAACAUUUGUAUUCGACGUGCCACAAAAAAAGUCGAGCACCAUGGUGGAUAGGGAGAGUGCCAGGUUUCGCGCUCAGCAACAACGCCAGAUGGAGAGCAUCAUCACCAAACCUCGGAAUCCGUGCGAGGGACCAAAAUUUUCAGAACCAAUCAAGACUGACAAAGAGGACAAAAGUAUCCAGGACAUACUGGGCAGCUUCAGCAAGAUCAAGAAUGUCAUGGAGCCCAGCUCCAUGAACAAUUUCCUGGGUAUUCCCAAGGAGCCUCAGACUCCCGUCGACAACAAGACGCGGCUGCUCUUCGAUUCUCCCGGAGUGAAUUUCACACCCAACGGGCAGGUCAAGGGCAGCAAGUCUGGUAGUCAGUCGACGAGCGGGUCCUCGUCGAAGAGAGACCAGUCAGGGUCCUCCGCCACCAAGAGCGGCGUGCCGUAUGCCAAGAGUGGACACAAGAGCAAAGAGGCUGCCAAGCAAGCCGUCAAGCAGGAGCCACAAGCAUCCAAGGGUAGGCCCGGUGGUAGCUCCUUGGUUUCCGCCCCGCCGGCCCCUGGUCGAGGGAUUUCCCCAGUACCGACCACCAAGGGCAAAAGGCAAAAAGAUGAAGAUGUUAAGGUACACAUCAAAAAAGAGAAGGAUCUCGACCCUGGGAAACCUUUAGACACUAGCAGCAGCAGCAGCAGCAGUGGCAGUAGCAGCAGCGGCAGCAGCAGCGGCAGUCGUAAGACCGCCAAAGUGAAACCAAGUUCAGGCGCGUCAAGUGACAGCAACUCCAAAUCGCUGCCCAAGAAAGGCUCAACUCCUGUGAAAUCCAAGUCCUCGUCUUCUAAGUCUGACACCAAGCCUGUCCUCAACGCCGCCAAGAAGGAAUUCAAGCGGCCAAAUGGCGUCGUCAAUCACCAUCAGCUUGCUCACGCGGGCCUCGACGCAACAGACUCCAGCAAGAACCCAGAGACUGUUUCAGUGAAGCAGGAGCCAUGCGCCGUCAAGGAGGAACCCAAGGAUUGCCUCGCCGGGGGCGGAGACGAGUUGGGGGCCGGCCUUUUUGCAUCCAUAGCCAAGAAUCUGUUUGGAGACCCACCGGACAGCACGACGGAGAAGAGACCAGACUUCAAGAAGGAGAAGUUGAUGGUGCCAAAAUUGAACAUCCCACCGAGCUUGGCUUCUUUCAGAGACCCAAGCAAGCAGGAGGUGGAGAAGAUUUUGAAUAUGAUGACUGAGAACAAGUCACCGUUGACCGCCAUUCAGAAUACGCCGAUUAAAGGCGACGCUUCUUGCAAGUUCCACUUCCUGGCCAGCACACCGGUGACAAAGUCUUCUGACAAUUUGCUGCAGGUGCCUGCCCCAGUCAAGCCAAGCAUGGUGAACGUGAAGCAGGAAGUCAAAGUCAAACCAAGUUCUCCGAUCAGAGAAACUGCACCACCUGAGAAACCAGUAAAACCAGAGUGA